AUGUCCAAGACGCUCCGCCACGCACGCAUCUCGCCGCACCGCAGCGGCACCCGCGGCCACUCGGACCACGGCUGGCUCAACACGUACCACUCCUUCUCGUUCGCCGACUGGUACAACCCAGACUACACGCACUUUGGCGCGCUGCGCGUGCUCAACGAGGACCGCGGCGCCGAGGGCGACGCCAGCGCCGACCAGUUCUACCGCAUGCACCGCGGCGACGUGCAGUUCACGACGGGCGGCACGGGCAUCGCGCACUCGGAGAUGAACGAGCACCAGCGCGACACGGUGCACUUCCUGCAGAUCUGGGCCAUCCCCUGGAAGCGCGGCCUGCCGCCCAACUACCACACGCGCCACUUUGACGACGACGCCAAGCGUGCCGCCUUUGUGCCCAUCCUGUCGCCGCUCAAGGGCGGGCCCGACGCCUCGGUCGCCGAGGAGAAGGCCGCCGAGCCUGCCGUCGAGGGCACCAUUCCCAUCCACGCCGACCUCGUCAUGGGCGCCGGCAUCAUCGCCCCCGGCCGCGCCUUUGAGUGGAGCAUCGGCGGCCGCGGCACCACCCAGACCAAGCGGAAGGUCUUUGUCCACCUGCCCAUGACCAAGAGCGGCAAGGCCAAGAUCAGGAUAGACGGCCGCGACGACGCCGUCUUGUCUGAGGGUGACGGCGCCUUUAUCGAUGCCGUCCACGCUGGGGACAAGCUUGGCGUUGAGAGCGUCGGCGAGGCCGAGGCCGAGGUCAUUGUGCUGGAUACUGCGUAG